UGUUCAAAAGAAGUGCGAUGAUGACAUAUUUUUAAAAACGUAAAUAACGUGAGGAUUAACGUGACCGGUACAAUUAUCGCAUGGAUACGCCUACGUACCGAAUUGAGUGGGAAUAAAUAUCAAAUGCAGACGACUACACAGUUUCUACUGGAAUCAACCUAAGGACAUGCAUUAACUUUACUUGACAACAGUGGAUAUACUAUUGUGCAUAAAUUCUUUGUUACUUACAAACUGUUUCGAUUGUGUUUCAUAGAGCAUACCGUUUACGAAAUUUGUCCUACCCGGAUGUUAUAUAUUGUUUUGAUGACGGAUGAAAUAAAAUAUUCGUUUUUGUGCACGAUAAAAGGAAACACUACACGUGCAGGGGAACCUAAAGGCGAAAUAACAGCUACGCUUGAGGCAUCGGUAAACCUUCCUGAUCGCCUAACAGAGACGCUCUUCGCGAACAUCAGACCACCGACAACACAGAACAACAACAAUAGUAGUAAUAUAAACAACAACAAUAGGGGUAGUUCCUGUGGAGCAGAGGCACAGCAUAAGGGACAGUUUCACUACAAGGGCACCCUGGUAACGACCUCCGUGACCCCAACAUCGGGUAGCAAUGACCCGUUGCAAAACCUCAACUUCUUCGCACCAUUGUCUCCAUUCUUCAACAUCUUGUCACAGACGAUGCAGGGGGCUCAAGUUCAAGCGCAAGUUCCACAGGCGUCAUCUUGCGAUAUGCCCUGUCAUAUUCAACAACAACAACAACAACAACAACAACAACAACAGGCUGAUAUCAAUGCCAUCAUUUCAACACUUUCCGACUGUCAGCAAAGUGGAUCUGGUUCCCUAUUCAGUUCAGCGCCAACCACACCCUCCCAACAGUCUAUGGCUGGUUCUCCACCACCGGACAACAUCAGUAUGGGUCAACAAAGUCCAUGUGACCAAUAUUCCACUGGGUUUGCAUCUCCAUUGACCUCACCUGUCACACCGAGUUCAACUCAGUCUACACCAGAGCCUCAGAUGCCAGUUUGUAGUGAUCUUGAUGCCAUAGAACAGGCGUUCUCCUCUCCGCCACCACCGUAUACAGCUCCGAGCGUUUCAUACUGUAACGCUAUGAACUUUCAAAUUAAACAACAGAAACCGGUGUUCAGUUGCUCACAACAACAACAACAACAACAGCAAAAUGAAGCUACACCUUACUCAACUGGGAAUCUGAGCGGGCUUAACUUUCCUAGUUGUACGGGAGUUAACGUGAAUGCUCAACCAACCAUGCCACAAUUUCAAUCUAGUGACGUUACAUAUCAUUCGCAGUCAUCAAACAUUGGUGCUAAUUUCAAGUGUACGAUACAAGGCACGGUGACUGGCGUGCCGCAAGUUCAGUCACAACAGUUGCCGGAUUUUAGCGCGUUACAGCAGACGACAAAUCAACAGAGAUCGGCCAGCGUUACACCGCCAAUGUACAGCAACGUUCCAAUAAAAACCGAGCCUGGUAGUGAACUUUCUAAUGACUCUUUUCUCUUGCCUUCUACUCCACACAUGAGUUUUGAUCAAACUCCAUCAUCAAAAGCACAACUUCAUGGAAUUUUAAAUCAGCCUUAUCAACAAGGACAACUUAAAUUGCUACCGGUGAAGCCACGUAAGUACCCGAAUCGCCCGAGCAAAACGCCCCCGCACGAGCGUCCCUACCCGUGCCCUGUGGACAGUUGUGACAGAAGGUUUUCACGUAGUGAUGAAUUAACGCGCCAUAUUAGAAUUCACACUGGACAAAAACCAUUCCAUUGUAGAAUCUGCAUGCGCUCGUUCUCACGCAGUGAUCAUCUUACUACGCAUGUGCGAACGCACACAGGCGAGAAGCCAUUUUCAUGUGACUCUUGCGGACGAAAAUUUGCGCGUAGUGACGAGAAAAAGAGACACGCAAAAGUGCACUUAAAACAAAAAGCUAAAAAAGAAGCAAAACUUUUGGCUGUGAAUGUAUCUCUGCCAUCGACAACAUCUACGGUGAUGAUGGACACAAUGUCGUAUGGUUUGAACACGACAGUGGCUCAAAGUGGGUCCGGAGUUCCCCAUGUGGUUACGACAACGUCAUUAUAAAUAUAAUGGACAAUAUCAAAUAUAUUCGAAGACCAGCUUUAAGAUGUAAACGCUUUCUGUGUACAGUAGAACAUAUUGUUCAACCAAUUUUGGUAUUCUUUAAAUUCAAGUUUUUCUAGUCAUAGAAAAAAAAUGCUACAUUGUGCAGAUUUUGUGUGUUUUUUUAAAAAAAUGAUUAAGACUGUAGAUACAUUGUAAAAACAUCUUUCUUUUAAUUAAUUAUACCAGAUUUAGUAAAUUUCAUUUAUAUAGUUGUGCUUUAAGUCAAGAAAUGUGCUAAUUUUUCAAAUUCUUUUCAUUCAUUUUUUAACUGUAGAUGUUAAGACAUUAUAUAUUCGUAGGUCAUAUAUAAAUGUAGCGAUUUUAUACAAAUCGGCAAUGUGUGCUUUUGCUUAAUUUAUCCUAAUACUGCUUUAAUGCGAAAUUGUUUAAAACAUUUUAUUGAAAAUCAACCAUUGAUAUAUAUCAAACGUGAAGACAGUGGCCUACAAAACAACAGUAUGCCGUAUAAUCACACAAAAACCGCAUUUAAAAUGGUAUCUUUUUACAACAUUAAACAUCAUAACACAAUGUUUAGUGAAACAUUACAGAAUUAUUUUUGUAAAAUUUUCAAAACAGGUUUCCAAGCAUGCAGUGUGCUGUAUAUAUGAUUUCACAUUAGGUCCUUACCAAAGAAAUUAUUUGUUUAUUGUGUACAUUACUCACAUUGGGACUUUUGAGAUUACGUAGAGCCAAAGAAUAAAUUGUGGAAGUGCGCAACCGGUUGUUUUAAGUGUGUAAUCUAAUAAUAUCUUUAUUAUAACUAUUGUACAGUCCUUAUAUUUUGUACUUGAGAUUUUUGAUGUUAGAGCCACGGUAAUGAGUGCUAUUUUUAGUAUAACAGUAAUCAGCUGUAUGUUCCUUUAUAAAUAUUAUAUAAGGCAUUUUAUUUGCAUUUUACAUAUUACAUCUGUUAUUAAAGAAGUUAUUAUUGUUAUGUUUUUAAAUUUGACAUUGUUGUUCAUAUGUUUUGUGACUUAUAACAGAAGUACCUGUUGAGCAGAGUUUAAAUAUUUUAUCAUUCGUUCCUUUUUUCCUUUACAUAGCCGUGCCGUAAUUUGUUACUUUAUGUAUAUUAGAAAGCUUUAUCAUAAUAACGCUUUAAAAUGCAGGUUAUUUUUUACUCAUCUUAUUUUAAUUGUUAAUAAAAUGUCAAAUCUACCUUUAGGCGAAUACAUUAUUGCGUAUAUUAAGUGCUUCUUAUUAAGAAGGUAAUAAAAAAUGAUACCUAUCACUUAUUUUCUUUGUCACCUUUUGAAAUUAGCCAAUAACCUACAAUGUCCCAUAGCCUGUUUGACUUAAUUCGUGACUGGGUUAAAUUGUCAAACAAUAUAAAUCAAAUAUUAAAAUAUUCUUUAAAAAAACAUCGUCACUUGUCCAAUAAUUCUCCAGUACAGAUUGUCUGAGUAAUCCACGUAAUGCAGUCAUGGUAAAUACCAAUGCGAAAUAAACUGACGUUAAAUAUUCAACGACCUUGUACAUCAGUCAAUUAUUUCGGCUUACCUGACUUUUCAAGGUCUGUAGACACGUUAAGCAACGUCUAUAAUAGUUUUCCAAAAAUAAAAAAAUAAAAGUUCCUGAACAUCUUUUUGUGCAAUAUUUCAACGAAAUGUAAAGAGUUCAAUUAAAUUCUAUAAAAUAUUUAAAACGAUAUUUUAAAUAUAAACAAUGGCAUUCUUCAACGAUAUAGGGCUUUCUUCGUUACAAUCAUUUCUUAAUUUCAUACAAAUCCGUUAAAUUCCAUUUCCAUUGAAACAAGUGGUAGUUUUGCAAAUUGGUUUUGUAAAUACUUGUUCUAGUACUUUGUUGUGAUAAUUCUAGCCUUUCUCUUGUUAUAUAUAAGUGAUAUUUUUCGAAUUGUUAAAGUUUAUUUUUCUCUACCCAUUGUGAAGUUUUAACUUGACUUGUUGUAAGUGGAAGAAAAGUUGUUUUUUUCUCUGCGAGUUAAAAUAUUUGUACAACUGACGUCAGAUGGAAGUGAAAAUAUUAUAAUAAAAUACAAAAAAAAAACCACUACUA